GAAUAUCAUUAUCAUUAGAUAUGUCCUAUAUCAUUUCCUGUUCAAUUCCUUAUUCAAUUUCUUAUUGCUCAUAUGUUUGUCGUGUCUUGAAGAUAAGUGAUUUCGUACCGUGUUACAAAGUGAAUUUUUAUUGAAUUUAUCUACGUUUAAAUUACAUUUUCUCUUUUUUUACUACUGUUUAUUUACCUUUUUUUAUAUAUUUUAGUGAUUACACUUCUGUUUCAUUUUCUAACAUGGAAAAUAAUGCAAAUGUAUACAUUCCGGCCUUUUAUGCCGGCCGUAGUAUUUUUAUAACCGGUGGCACUGGUUUUUUGGGAAAAGCGCUCAUUGAAAAGCUCCUGCGAUCUUGUCCCGAAAUAGCAGAAAUAUUUAUAUUGAUCAGAUCAAAAAAGGGCCUGAGCGUUGAUGAUAGGCUCAAAAAAAUGUUAAAUAACAAGUUAUUCGACAAACUACGAAACGAACAACCAUCCAGUUUUGACAAAAUCAUCCCUAUAACAGGAGAUGUAGCUCUUAAAAAUUUAGGGUUGCUAGCCGUAGAUCGCGAAGUCUUAAUUGACAGAGUAUCCAUAAUUUUCCACGUUGCCGCUAAUGUCAGAUUUGAUGAAAGUCUCAAAGAAGCGGUCUUCAGUAAUACUAGAUCAACACGUGACAUUUGUGUCUUAGCCGAAAAAAUGAAAAAAUUGAAAGUUCUAUUGCACGUUAGUUCAACAUAUACGCAAAUUGAUAAAUUUGUAGUGGACGAAAUUUUAUAUCCUUCAGAAUUCGACUGGAAAAAAAUGAUAGAGAUUGCCGAAUCCGUCGACGAACACAGUCUUGAAAUAUUAACAGCAAAAAUUCUAGGAACGAUGCCAAAUACUUAUAUUUUUACUAAAAGGUUGGCUGAGCAAGUGAUAAGCGAUUAUUCCAAAUCACUCUCUUGUGUUCUGAUUAGGCCUUCCAUUGUCAUAUCAACAUUGAUUGAACCUGUGCGAGGUUGGAUUGACAAUUUCAAUGGACCUAUUGGAAUGCUAAUUGGUGGUGGCAAAGGCGUAUUGCGAGUAUUGUGGUGUGAUCCUAACAUUAUUUCCGAUUUUGUGCCAGUUGAUGCAACCAUUAAGGCUAUUUUGAUUGUAACUUGGAAACAUGGAAUCAAAACUGAGAACAAAACAAUUGAUGUUUACAAUUGUUCCGGAAAUAAUAUAAAGCCUAUGACCAUACAGAAUAUGGUUAACUCAGGCCUUGGCCUUGCAAAAGACGUACCUUUGGAUAAUAUACUUUGGAAGCCAGCAACGACAAUAACAAAAAAUUUUUACAUAUAUUAUAUAUUGGUAUUAUUUUUACACAUUUUACCAGCAAUGUUUUUGGAUGGCGUUAUGAAAUUAUUUGGUGUGCGCCCAAUCUUGCUCAGAUUACAAAGAAAAGUGUACGUGUCUAACAGCGCUUUGUCAUAUUUUUUACUGAAUCAAUGGAAAUUUGUCAAUAAAAAAUUGUUGAGCAUGUUGGAUAACUUGAGCGCCGAUAAUAAAAAAGAAUUUGAAUUUCCAUACCAAACUAUCGACGUAGUGCAAUUCUUUAAAUACGGAAUAAUUGGUGCAAAAAUAUAUAUUUUGAAUGAAAGCAUAUGUGCGGAUGAUAUAGAAGCAUCCAAACGUCACUAUAAAAGAAUGGAAUGGAUCGAUACAAUAACUAAGACACUAUUUAUCAUGAUCAUUCUAUGGAUACUUUAUAGUAAG